CACCAAAACCUCUCUCUAUAAAUCACUCUCUGAACUCUCGGAAUUUCCUUCAUUUUCAACCGUUAGCUCCAAACUUUUCCUUCCCUUCUUUUCUCUGCUUCUGGAUUUCUGUUUUCCUUCGGUUCCUUGAUCUACAUUUUCCCCAAACGUAGAUCAGUUUCCGUCAGGAAAAUGGAGCUUCGCCGGAGACACGUCGCUGCAGCUGCCGUUGCCGCCGGCGAAUCACUCAAAAUCCAGAAGCCCGCUGGGGACUCGUCAAUUUUCCCUCUUUACCUAACCAACGCUGUUUCCUUCGGAGCCUUCUUCUCCGUCGCGUACUUUCUCCUCCACCGCUGGCGCGAGAAGAUCCGAACAUCGACCCCGCUUCAUGUCAUAACCGCUGAUGAAUCCGCCGCGAUCGCUUUACUCGUUGCGUCUGCCGUGUAUCUCUUCAGGUUCUUCGGCAUCGGCCUCUCACGCGCUUCCGUUGACGAUGAUCUCUCUGACGAAGAGAUAAUCGCCAAGGAGGACGGCCGGACGCCGGGGCCGUGUCCUGCCGCCAUCUCAGAGGAGACGGCUGUGAUUCCCUCACCAAUACCGGCGAAAGCCUUGUUUAGGACUGAUUCGGAUUCAUUGUCAACGGAAGACGAGGAGAUCAUCCAGGCUGUGGUUUCAGGCUCAGUGCCAUCAUAUUCCCUGGAAUCAAAGCUUGGAGACUGUCGCCGGGCGGCGGCUGUUCGGCGCGAGGCUGUUCAGAGGUUGACAGGGAGGUCAUUGGAGGGUUUGCCAGUGGGAGGAUUUGAUUAUGAGUCAAUAUUGGGGCAAUGCUGUGAAAUGCCAAUAGGGUUCGUGCAGAUUCCAGUAGGUGUGGCAGGUCCAUUGUUGCUUGAUGGGAGAGAGUACACUGUGCCAAUGGCAACCACAGAAGGAUGCCUUGUUGCCAGUACCAACAGAGGCUGCAAGGCCAUCUAUGCCUCCGGUGGGGCUACCUCCGUGCUCAUGAGGGAUGGUAUGACAAGAGCACCGGUGGUUCGGUUUGCCACCGCCAAGAGGGCUGCACAGCUGAAGUUCUACUUGGAGGAUCCUCUCAACUUUGAGUCUAUAGCUGUAGUUUUCAACAAGUCAAGCAGGUUUGCUAGGUUACAGAAUAUUCAGCCUAAUAUUGCUGGCAAGAAUUUGUACAUUAGAUUUCGUUGCAGCACUGGAGACGCCAUGGGGAUGAACAUGGUUUCCAAAGGUGUCCAAAACGUCCUUGAUUUCCUUCAGAGUGACUUCCCGGACAUGGAAGUUAUUGGAAUCUCUGGAAAUUUCUGCUCGGACAAGAAGGCUGCUGCUGUUAACUGGAUUGAAGGUCGCGGUAAGUCUGUGGUCUGUGAGGCUGUCAUUAAGGAAGAGGUAAUUAAGAAGGUGUUGAAAACUAGUGUGGAAUCCCUAGUAGAGCUUAACGUGCUUAAAAACCUUACCGGAUCAGCAAUAGCUGGUGCUCUUGGCGGGUUCAAUGCCCAUGCUAGCAACAUUGUCUCUGCUAUCUACCUAGCCACUGGUCAGGAUCCUGCUCAGAAUGUGGAGAGUUCCCACUGCAUCACCAUGAUGGAACCAGUGAACAAUGGCAAGGACCUUCACAUAUCUGUCACCAUGCCUUCCAUUGAGGUGGGUACUGUUGGAGGGGGCACACAACUUGCUUCUCAGUCAGCUUGCCUCAAUUUACUUGGAGUCAAGGGCGCCAGUAAAGAAACCCCGGGUGCAAAUGCUAGGCUACUGGCCGCCAUAGUAGCAGGUUCAGUCCUCGCCGGAGAGCUUUCGCUCAUGUCUGCAAUCGCAGCUGGGCAGCUUGUUAAGAGCCACAUGAAAUACAACAGAUCAAGCAGAAAUAUCACAAAUGUUGUAUCAUGACAUGCAACCAAUGACAGCAGAUUAGUUUUGAAAAAUAAUAACCGCCCAAGCAUCUAAUAUUGGCCCAAAAAAAGUAGCUAGGUAAGAUUCAAAGGGCUACUUUCUGUUGAUAAAUAAAAAGUCAUGGUCAACUAGUCUCCAAGAUAAUGUGGUAAGACACAAAUAGAGAAAAAGAACACAGGCUGCAUUAGACUCAAAUGAGUGUGUGCUCCAUGUGAUGUCUUGUCUCAUUUUUUUGAGGCUGUACUGAGAAAGGAGACUUCAAUCAAUGGGUGGAGGAUAAAACAAAGAAGCAGCUACACCUUUGGCAUUAGUUUUAAUUCUUUUUUUCUUCAAGUAAUUUAUUUCUGUGUUGGGUGCUGUUCUCUAGUUUUAAGCUACUGCCUUAAAGUUGUGAUAAUUUAGUCUUCAGUAUGUUGUAAUCUCAUCUUUUUAUUUGUAAACUUAGCAAGAACUGCCGCAGAAUACAGAAUAUUAUUAGCCUGAUAGAGAUUGGUCUAACUGUGAUUGCUGGUGAA